GUCUUCUGCCAUACAACUUAUCAACCCAAAGUCAGAAGUUGCUCGAAGAGGUCAAGCUCUUCAGCUAAAUAUAACUGCUGCAGUUGGUUUGCAAGAUGUAUUAAAAUCUAACCUUGGUCCUAAAGGAACGAUUAAAAUGCUGGUUGAUGGCGCAGGCAACAUUAAGAUUACUAAAGACGGCAAAGUUCUAUUGAGCGAAAUGCAAAUUCAAAAUCCAACCGCGGCAAUGAUUGCUCGCGCUGCCACAGCACAAGAUGAAAUCACUGGUGACGGUACAACAUCAAUUGUUUUGUUGGUUGGUGAAUUAAUGAAACAAGCCGAAAGAUAUAUUUCUGAAGGGUUACAUCCAAGAAUUAUUACCGAGGGAUUCGAUUUAGCAAGAAAAGAAGCAUUAGAG